AGAUGUAGAGAAUCCCAUCCCUAUCGAGUCUCCCCUCGUCCUUCUCUAUAUAAGAGGAGAGGCCCUCUUCUCUCUCCUACACCUCUCAGCGCCCUUUUUCUUCUUCUUGGUUCCUAAUCCAAAAUCUCUCUCUCUCUCUCUCUCUCUCUCUCUCUCUCUCUCUGUGCUCGAACUGGCUAACUUGCAGGAAUUUGAACUGGAGGGACAAGAAUCGAACCAGAUCAAGGUGGUUCGAGCCCUAUAUGAGGCCUUAAGCGCGCGCGACGUCGACACCGUGCACCGCCUCCUCGCGCCGGACCUCGAGUGGUGGUUCCAUGGCCCCCCUUCGCACCAGUAUAUGAUGCGCAUGCUCACCGGCGUCUCCUCCGGCGACUCCUUUGUUUUCCGGCCUCUCUCUAUUGCCGCCUUCGGCCCCACCGUCCUCGUCGAGGGCUGCGAUCCGGAUCGCUCCAACUCCUGGGUCCACGCCUGGACCGUCUCCGCCGAUGGGAUAAUCACCCAAGUCAGGGAGUACUUCAACACUGCCCUCACCGUCACCCGCUUCGGCAACUCCGCCGAUCAAUCCGCCCCCUCCGAUUUGUCCAUCACCUCCCACCACUGCCCCUCCGUUUGGGAGAGCAGCUUUGCUGGUCAGGUCGGCAAAUCCGUUCCGGGUCUAGUCCUGGCGAUCUAAUCGGAUCCACUCGGGUGGAUAUUAUUACAAUAUAUAAAAAUAAAAAUAGAUAACACAUAGCGUAAAUAAAAGGGCCUGGAUCGGCUGCGGCCGUGUGUAGGAGGGAUGUAAGCUCUAAGGUCGUGUUUGUGUGGUUGUCCUUGUCCGUCUUACCUGUCCUGUUUUGCGUUUUGCAGUUUUGGUUUGAGCGACUGCAAGCGCGUCGUGUUUUGAUUUGAGGGGGCCCAUGAUGGGAACACCCCGUUGCUUGCGUCGAGUUGUUGAGCACGAGGCGUACGACGUCGUUUGGUGUUGUGAUCUUAUAAAUAAGAAGACAUGGUCUUGUGUUA